AUGGCGGUGCGAUUGAACCCCGAGGAAAAAUGGAGGGCAAUCGAACCCGCAAUUGGCACUCCGGGCUUGCACCGAGCAGAGCAAAUUCACAACGCGCCGGGCGAGCACACCGCACACCCGUUCCGGGACGAAAUUGCCAGGACUAACCCGAUGUCCUCGCGGCGAGGAAACGAAAAACGGCAGGGCAGAGCAGGACGAGGAGCAAUCCAACGACACGAACAGAGGGAGGCAGGAAAGGGCAUCCUUACCGGGGAAGGAGGAACCCGAUCCCGGCCCAGAGGAGUCUCCGCUGCCCGGCGGCGAGGUGGAGAGGGAGCCAGUCGGCGAGGUAGGGGUGGGGAUCGCGGGGGCGAUAUUUUGGACGGGGCGACGCCGCGAGAAAUUGGGGGAGGGCAAAAGGAGGGAGACGAGACGAGACGAGAAGAUAUGGUCGGCGAGGCGCAGGUGGGGACGGGCGCGGGCCUAGAUUACCGCGGUGCCCCCGGGGGUCGGGGCCGAAUUACGCCGGGGGCCGGGAGGGUUGUGGCUGGCGAUGGCGCGAGUGGAUAA